AUGCCUGCAGACAGAGAGGAUGAGAUCUGUCGAAAGGCGCUGGAACUGCUCUCGGAUCUUUGUUCAAAGGGGGAAGUGCAAAACGAUAACUGUUUGGAUUUCACAUAUUAUUUCCGAGAUCUUGCAAGACCUCGACUUGAGUCAGAUGUAUCGGUGAGCCUGCUCUCGCUGCUGGUCACCACCUGUGGCCUGGCGUUGUUCGGGGUCUCGCUCUUCGUGUCCUACAAGCUCUGGUGGUUGCCAUGGCGCGAUCGCUUCCUCCCCGGCGUGGCCGGCGGUGGCUGCCACAAGGAGGGCGAGCAGCAGCCGGUGCUGAGCGAGGAGGAGGAGGGACUGGAGGUGGACUACAGCCAGGAGUACCACCACCACCACCACCACCACCACGCCGCCACCAAGGAGCCCCCAGGCCCGGGGCAGCACCCAGGGCAUCCUGGCACCGCAACCGUGCCCCCCCUGCUCCCAGAGUCGGCCAUGAAGAUCAGCCACACGUCGCCCGACAUCCCCCUUGAGGCCCAGAGCCAGGCCAAGGAGAACCUCCACACGCACACACACAACCCGCGCAUGCAGCGGCAGAUCACCGAGCCCACCUCCUCCGUGCGGCACAACUCGAUCCGGCGGCAGAUGAACGUGUCCAACCCCGACUUCAACGUGGUCCAACAGCUCCAGCGUCAGGAGUCCCUGUGCUUGACGCUGGGCCGCAUCAAGCCCGAGCUCUACAAGCAGCGCUCGGUGGACGGCGACGGAGAGGAGCGGCACCCGGACAGCUGCGGCCGCUUGCACUUCGUCCUCAAGUACGACUGCGACCUGGAGCAGCUGAUCGUCAAGAUCCACCGUGCCGACGACCUGCCCGCCAAGGACUUCUCGGGGACCUCUGACCCCUACGUCAAGAUCUACCUGCUGCCCGAGCGCAAGACCAAGCACCAGACCAAAGUGCACCGCAAGACGCUCAACCCCGUGUUCGACGAGGUCUUCCUCUUCCCCGUGGCCUACGCCGAGCUGCCCGCCCGCAAGCUGCACUUCAGCGUCUAUGACUUUGACCGCUUCUCGCGCCACGACCUGAUUGGCCAGGUGGUGGUGGACAACUUCCUGGACCUACCCGACUUCCCGCAGGAGACGCGCCUGUGCAGGGACAUCCUCCACGUCACCUCAGACAAUGUUGAUCUGGGUGACCUGAUGUUCUCGCUGUGCUACCUGCCCACUGCCGGCCGCCUCACCAUUACCAUGGUGAAAGCCAGGAACCUGAAGGCCAUGGACAUCACUGGAGCCUCCGAUCCUUAUGUGAAGGUCUCUUUGAUGUGCAGUGGCCGCAGGCUGAAGAAAAGGAAAACCUCCACGAAGCGUAACACACUUAACCCCGUCUACAACGAAGCCAUAGUUUUCGACGUACCCCCUGAGAACAUUGACCAAAUAAGUCUUUUAAUCGCCGUGAUGGACUAUGAUAGGGUAGGCCACAACGAGGUGAUCGGGGUGUGCAGGGUGGGUCACGAGGCUGAGAGUCUGGGGCGGAACCACUGGAACGAGAUGCUGAGCUACCCACGCAAGCCCAUCGCCCACUGGCACUCGCUAGUGGAGUGGUCAGGCCAAGGCACCACAGUGGGAAGCCAGGGCUCCUGCAGCUCCCUCAAGACCCCUCCAUCACCGUGACAACCA